CGAUCCUCCCACUUCAGUACUCGGGAUAAGAUGGCGGCCGAGGGAGAGUAUGAGUCGAUCCUGUGCGUUAAACCAGAUGUCAACGUUUACCGCAUCCCGCCUCGUGCUUCGAACCGCGCCUACAGGGCAGCUGACUGGAAGCUGGACGCUCCAGACUGGUCCGGUCGGAUGAGAAUAACAGCCAAAGGCAAAGUAGCAUACAUCAAACUUGAAGACAAGAUCUCAGGGGAACUGUUUGCCCAGGCGCCUGUGAUGGAGUACCCCGGUGUUGCAUUGGAGACUGUCAGUGAUUCCAGCCGAUACUUUGUUCUCAGGAUACAGGAUGACAAUGGGCGCAGUGCUUUCAUAGGGCUCGGCUUUGGGGACCGAGGGGACGCCUUUGAUUUCAACGUGGCUCUGCAGGAUCAUUUCAAGUGGGUGAAGCAGGAGAGUGAAAUCAGUAAAAACAGCCAGCUUGGCAACAUUCAACCAAAGCUGGAUUUGGGCUUUAAGGAGGGACAGACCAUCACAUUGAAUAUAGGGCAGGGGAAAAAGCGGGAUAAGCCCCGUCCACAAGGCUCAGCGGGAGUUGGACUCCUUCCACCGCCACCUGGAGGGAAGAUAGCUCCGCCUCCUCCAUCAGGCUCAUCCAACCACAACAUGGUCCCCCAGACAGCCGGCACAGCCUCAGGCUGCCUCUUGGAGCUGGACAGUAGUAACUCUAACACAGUGGUCCAGUCGAAUCAGGGUUCAGAUGUACUUUGGGGAGAAUUCUCAGCUCCUGCAAGUUCUGUUCCUCCUCCAUCAACACCUCAGAACUCCACAAACUGGAUCCAGUUCUGAUUCGCCGCUGCUUGACGUCAGCCGUGGUGUUUCAUCUCGCCUGCGUUCGUGUCCAUGGCUUCGUGUGAACCACACAGACAGCAUCUCCCACACACUCACCCUCCUGGCAGCAGAGAUAGCAACCGCCGCCGUUCUGUAAAAUCAUUCCACUGAAAUAAAGCUUCUAUUCAGUCUAAAAUGCUGCCGACAGCAAAUGAAGCAUUAAUGAGUUAAAGCCAUGAAGUUCAUAUGAGCCAUAUACAACAACUAAUAAGGGCUAUGAAGCUGGUGUUACCCUUCAUCUAUUUGCAUCUUUUCGCCUGUAGGGGGCAGAGCUACCUUUUGUUGCUGCAUGAAUUUACAUUUUAUUUAUGUGAGGGCUCCAUCUGCUGGCACCAAAGAGAACUAAACGUCUAGACUUAGCAGCUCUUUUUGGUAUUUGGUAAGAAAUUGAACAAGCAAAAAAUGAAAUAGACUUACAGAACUAUUCUAUUAAGAUUAAAAGAUCUACUGAUUAGUAUAACUCAUCAGGAUUAGCCCCUAAGUAUGUUUUAUAUUUUUUUUUUUUUUUAAAAAAGAAAUUUGAGGUUUUUUGAAAUGAUAAAAAAUA